CUUCAGGGGGUUUAUCGUAAUAUAAACUAAAAAGAAAUUAGGCAGUGGGCCAGUGGCAUUAGUUCUACUUAGUUUAGUUACAAACUCCGAAGCCCAAAUUCUCGGCCGCAAUUUUCUGCACCAGUUCAAUCUAAUUCAACACCCUAAUAAAAAAAAAAAAAAAAAAAAAAUUGUUGAUGGAGAGACAACAACAAUUUAAUUCAACACCUCGUACGCUCUCUCAUAUAUAAAUAACGAGGAAAUCCCAACACGUUCGCAGCACACUCGUUCGUCGGUGUUUUCUCUCUCACAAAGUUUCAGAUUUCGAUUAACUGUAAUUGGAUUAGAGCAAUGGAGGAUAACCAAAGAGACGGGAUUCGAUCCGAUUUUCUGAAAUGCUUUGGGAUCGACGUGUCUGUUUAUAUCAUGAGCUUCUUAGAUGAUCCGGCUGACCUAGUUCGUGCAAGUGCCGUCUCGCACUUUUGGCGCCAAUUUGUGAUUGCGAAUGGACUUGCAAAACAGAUGUGCUUUAAAAAAUUCCCGCAACUCUCCAAUAUCGUCGCGGUAUCCGAUGCAAGCGAAAGCGAAAACAUUUCAGUGGACCCCACAGCACAGAAUAUUCUCGAGAGGAAUCACAAGGUAUAUAUAUCUCUAAUUCACGCCCUCACUAAAUCGAAGGUUUCUGCAAAGGAUUGCAUAGAGGAUGCAGUUAGUGCAUCAAGUACAGAUAAUUAUCCGGAGGAAAGUGUCGUCAAUACUCUUACGCCAAGAGAUAUAUUCGUUAGGAGACCUUCUUAUUGGUCAAGCAAAGGUCAAAGUAAUCCCGAAGUACCCGAGACUUUGAUUUACAAAUUACAAGAUGGUAUUUGGGUUAUUACCGAAAUUAAUAUUCAACCGUUUGAAGCUUUUUUCCAGUCUGGCAAACCCUUGUACUCGUCGAAAUUUGUACGGUUUCGAAUAGGUCAUACGAAAAACGGGAAAGAAAUUGAAGGUGACAUAAAAAAUUUGCCGCCGUAUAAGCGUACUGAUGACCUAUUUGUAUGGACUUACACUUCACCUGAAUUUCCUAUGGCGCAGGAGAAUCGUUUACAGCCAUUUAAGCUACCAGAACCAGUCGUUUGUGUCGGUGGAUAUUUGGAGAUUGAGUUGUCGGGUCGGGUUCAAAGACAGGAAAUGGACGGAUUAUUCUAUAUAUGUGUGUGUUACGUUCGAGUUUUAGGACAACCCCUCUCUCCUGCAUUUGAGAUAAGUAAGGUUGAGCCAAAUGGGAAUAUGGAGCUAAACUAUUACCCUGAAAAUCUGAAAUCCGUUAUGGAGAACUCUUCCGUUAGUGCCCCUACUAAUUUGCAACCACUCGAAGAAAACAUUUUGUGGGAACGAAUAGGUUUGCUGGAGGAUCUAUUACGUGGCAUGCAAGAUGGGGUUUUGCCCGUACUUGAGGAUUUUCCAGAUCUCGAUGCUGAUGUGGAUGAGGAUGAUGCCUGAUUCCUGCUUACAAAAUUGUUCGAUUAUUCGACUACUUAUCGAUCAAAUUUGCCCCAUUCCUAAACAGGACUUUUAUAGAGCAUAUAUAUGUGUUGUGUAAUGUUGACUUUGAGAACCGAGUUUUCUUGAUAAUGUAUUAUGCUGCGAAGAGUCUAAUAAAUAAUUUUAUAGACUUUGUAAUGAUCCAAAAGUAACAUUGAGGGUUAAAUAUAAUAAAAAGCAUAAAAUUGA